UGCGGCCCUUACUCACUGGCUGAAGGCGGUGGAGUGAAAGAGGUGCGACACCGGAGCUUUCAUUCAGUCAGGUGCACGUCCUCGUCAUCCGCCCACCACGUCUUGUCCUUAACGUCAAGUAGCCUACGUUACAGGUGCGUCUGUGUGUGCGAUCCCACACCGCUAGAACUUCUGCAGAGACAGGCCUUAACAUCAGCCUCAUUCACUCCAGGGACCAGUAAGAUGCGGCGUUAACGCGGGACUUCGUUCGGACUCUGCGAUGAACUUUAAGUGGAUUGUGAAACGGUUUCUUAUCUCGUUUUCAAUCUGCCAGUUCCUGAUUUCCGUGGUUCAAAGCCAGCUUUCAGACACUGAAGGACGACUACAAAGGAGGACUAAUGCACUUCGGAGGAAACGGGAUCUCCUUGGGGAGGAGAAGUUCAGAUCGCUUCUGGCUGAGGAGGCUCUCCCUCGCAGCGCGCUACACAACUACACAGCCCGGGACGCCUCUUCAGAGUACUGCGGCUGUCUCAACGGGGGCUGGUGUCUGGAUGGAGGAGUGUGUGACUGUGCCCAGUUCCAGGCAGUGGGAGACCGCUGCCAGAUGAUACCCAACCUGGGCCGGGACAGAGAUGGGAUCUGCCGCUCCUGGGGCCAGCACCACUAUGAAACCUUUGACGGAAUCUACUUCUACUUCCCCGGGACCUGCUCCUACAUCCUGGCCCAGGACUGCCACUCGGCCGUGCCGCAGUACACCGUCUGGGUGCACAACAGCCGAGUGUGCGAGGGCAGUGUGUACUCGUGCCCACGUGCCCUCAGCCUUUUCUUCCCCAACGAGGAAGAGAUCCACAUCUCAGGAUAUCAGGUCCACCAGGGAGGCCGAAGGUUGAGCCUGCCUCAGACCAUAGGCGGUGUGUUCAUCGAGCGUCUGGCCGACUACCUGCUGGUGAAGAGUGUGUUCGGCUUCUCCCUGGCCUGGGACGGGGGGUCUGGGGUCUACCUGAAGAUGAGUGAGGAGCACCAGGGCGCCCCCUGUGGCCUGUGUGGGAACUUCAACCAUGUGGCCAGAGAUGACCUCACCACUGCCCACGGCACGAGGACAGAGGAGCCGGUGGUGUUUGGUAACAGCUGGGCGGUGGACCUGCCUCACGAGGCCUCCUGUCCCUCGGUGGAGCUGGACUUCAACGGGCCCUGCCAGUCGGAGUCUGACAUGGAUGACGCCAUAGAGAAGUGCAGUGCUCUCCUCUUCUUUCCAUUCCUGUCUUGUCACGAGAACAUCGACCCCAACCCGUUCGUAGCGAGCUGUGUCUCGGACCUCUGUGUGUCUGAUGAUGAGGAAAUAUUUUGCCGGACCUUGGUGGAGUACACGCGAGCGUGCUCUCAUGUGGGCUACCCAGUCAGAGAGUGGAGGGACAGCUUUCCUUCCUGCAAUGACGGCUGUGAGGAGAGCUUCGUCCACAGGGACUGCAUCAGCUGCUGCCCACCAACGUGUACUUUUGAGAAGGAGUGCCUGGGGACCAACCUGCACUGUCUGGAUGGCUGCUACUGUCCUGAUGGCCUGAUUCUGCAGAACGGCACGUGCAUCGCCGUGGCUCAGUGUCCCUGUGUCUACCACGGGACGUCCUACACACAGGGACACGUGCUGGAGCAGGGCUGUAGCGUCUGUGUGUGCAUGGGGGGGGUGUGGAACUGCACUGACAACAACUGUACAGCGGAGUGCUCGGUGGCGGGGGACGUGUUUGUGACGACGUUCGACGGCCGGAUGUUCCUCCAGCCGGGGGUGUGUCAGUACGUCCUGGCCAAGAGCCACCGCAGCAGCCGCUUCACCGUCACGCUGCAGUACGCCACCUGCGCCGAGCAGAAGGCGUGUGUCCAAUCUGUAACCGUGGUGUUGGACGAGGACGUGAGCCGUCAGGUGACCUUGACCAGAGAGGGGGAGGUGCUCAUCGGGGUCAACCCAGCACCUGUUCUGCCCUUUAGAGACGACUCUGUGGAGGUGACGAGGCUGACCCCCGUGUUCACGCUGCUGAAGGCAGGCAUCGGCCUCCGCCUGCAGUAUGACGGCCACGGCGGGCGGGUCUAUCUCCAACUGGACAGCCAAUGGCGUGGCUCCACCCUCGGCCUCUGUGGAACCUUCAACGGAAACCUCAGAGACGACUUUCUCUCUCCAGCAGGCAUGAUAGAGGGGACUCCACAGCUCCAUGCCAACGCCUGGAAGGUGUCGUCUGCCUGCGUAGCUCCAGUCAACCAGCCCAUCAUAGACCCAUGUGAGAUGAACCAGCACAAUGCGUUCUACGCGUCGCUGUGCGAUGUGAUCCUGGGCAGCGUGUUCUCCCAGUGCCACGCUUACGUCAGCCCUAACGUCUACCACCAGCAGUGCCGCUACCAGGCCUGUCGCUGUGGCAACAGCUGUCUGUGCACGGCGCUGGCCCACUACGCCUACCUCUGCUCCAAGCACGCCGUGCACGCCGACUUCAGGACCCACGUCUCCGAGUGCGGCGUGGUGUGUCUCGGAGGUAUGAUGUACCACUCCUGCGUGUCCACCUGCGGGCGCUCCUGCCGGGCUCUGUCCAGCCCAGAGACGUGUAACCAUGACGACUGCGCCGAGGGGUGUGGCUGCUCAGAGGGCAGCUUCUACGAUGAGAUGCGCCAGCGCUGUGUGCAGCAGUCGCGCUGCCACUGCUUCUCCAUGGGCGGGGUGUCUCUGCCCGGGGAGGUCAGCUUCAGCGCGUCCGGCCCCUGCCUCUGCAGAAACGGGCAGAUGGAGUGUGUGCCAGAAGAAAGAGAGCCAGAUCGGACGGACACGCAGGUGUGUCCUGAGGGGAAGGUGUACCACAGCUGUGGAGAGCAGAGAGGGGGAGUGUCCUGUGAGCCCACCUGUCGUAACCUGAUGUUGAACCUGACCUGUCCCCCCAACGCGCCCUGCAUCCCUGGCUGUGUCUGCCCUCCUGGCUUGGUCCUCCACCACGGAGAGUGUUUCUACCCAGAGAGCUGCCCCUGUGUGUGGCUGGGUCUGGAGUACCUUCCUGGUGAAGCAGUGGACACACCCUGCUACAAGUGUGUCUGUCACCGGGGCUUCUUCAACUGCAGCUACCUGCCCUGUCCGGCGGUGUGCACCGUGUACAGCGACCGACACUACCACACCUUCGACGGGCUGGAGUACGACUACCCCUCCGACUGUCAGGUCUACCUGAUGAAAGGCCUAGGAGAGGCAGAGGUGUCCAUUGUGGCCCAAAACAAAGACUGCUAUGAGAGCGGCAUUGUUUGCAUGAAGCUGCUGGUCAUUCACGUGGGCCUCACCAAGAUCUACUUCACAGACAACUCAGGCAACCCUAGCCCCUCCACAGUGGUGGGCCGUGGCUUUGACUUUGAGCUGUGGAAGGCGGGCUACUACACCGUGGUCCACUUCUCUGGCCAGGACCUGACCAUCCUCUGGGACCGCAAGACCACGGUGCACAUCAGAGCCGGGCCUCAGUGGAAGGGCCUGCUGAGCGGACUGUGCGGGAACUUUGACAGCGUGACCGUGAACGACAUGACCACUUCCAGCCACUUGGAGGUGAACAACGCACAGAGCUUUGGAGACAGCUGGACCCUGGGUCAGUGUGAGAGUGAGUACGUAGUCAAGCGACCGUGUGAAGGGGACUUGGGACGACAGCCAUAUGCCAAGAGGGAGUGUGCACUGCUCUACAGCGAUGUCUUUGCACCUUGUCACAAUGUGGUGGAUGUGACCUGGUUCUAUAGGAACUGCCUUACAGACACGUGUAACUGUAACCGUGGGGGGGACUGUGAGUGUCUGUGCACCUCCAUCGCUGCCUACGCACACAAGUGCUGCCAGCAGGGGGUCACCAUACACUGGAGGUCCCCCUCUGUCUGCCCCUAUGAUUGUGAAUACUAUAAUCAAGAGCUGGGGGACGGGCCCUUCUCCCUGGUGAGUGCUGCGUACAACGACACGGUGCUGGGGGCCAACUACUCCAGCGGCUCAGUGUUCCCCCUGCUGAGGGACCGCCCCGGGGCGCUCCCUCCACCCAGCCUGCUCUUCAACUUCAUGGUCACCGCCGCCCUGCAGAAGGACCGGGCCUCACGCGUUCCCAUGGUGUCCCUGGAGUCGGCGGAGAGACCUAACUACUUCCUGGUUGUGUCGGGGCGCAGCCACCUCCAAUUGGAGCGCUGGGCUCGAGGGGCGGAGUUUGGCCGCAGGGGAACGUUCAUCCAGCACCAGGGACUGUUCGUGCCGGGCCACACCUCCUUCGAGCUGCUCAGCCAACCGGGCUUCUUCCUGACGCUGACGCGCACGGCGGCCCGAGUCCAGAGAUACGACAACACAGCGGGCUUCAGAGCCAGCAGCAGCUUCUCCCUGCAGGAGAGCAGCUUCGUCAUCCCGUACCGCAUGAUGUGUGAGUGGCGCUACCAGGCCUGCGCCAGCCCGUGCGUCCACACCUGCAACGACCCCAGAGCCACGCGCUGCCACUUCCUGCCGCCUGUGGAGGGCUGCUUCCCCCGCUGUCCCCAGAACAUGGUCCUGGACGAGGUCACCAGGAGGUGUGUCUACAUCGAGGACUGUGUGACCCUCCCGCCGACCCCGACUCCUUUCGCGUACGUGACCCGGUCCAACAGAACCACUACAGCCCCGCCCACCUCCACCACCACCACCGCCGCCUCCACUACCUCCACCACCGGCACCACCACCAGCACCACCACCCCAGCUCCCACCCCCACUAGUGCAGCCACCACAACCGCCACACGCGCCACCACCACCACCACCACCACCCCCACCCGCACAACCACCACCACCAGAGCAUCCACCAGAGGGACCAGCACACCCUCCCCGCCCACCACUGCAAGACCAACCACCACCACGGUGGGUGCUACCAGCCCUUUAACCACUCCCAGUCGACCCACUGUCGCCUUCACAGGACGGGUCACCCCCAGAACCCCCUCCGUCUCUCCUCCUACAUCUCCCACCACCACCACCACCACCACCAACACUACCACCACCACCACCACCACCACACCCGUGGCCCCCCCUCACCCUCCCUCCAGUCCCACAGGGAUGACCACCACCACCACCACCACCACCACCACCAGCCGUACCGGAGCAACCCCAGGAAUCACUCAUGCCGUAACCACGGGGACGGCCCCCUCCUCCGCCCCGAUAACAACAACAACACCACCACCCGCCGGCCCCGCCCAUUACGCCACCUCCGCACCGACCACGCCCGACGCCGGAGCCAGGCCGGUUGCGACGACGGCCGGCCCCUCUGUGGCCCCCUCCAGCCCCUCCUCCCCGCCCCCACCCUCCCACAGCACCACCCUCGCUCCGUCCCCGACCCCGUCGGAAGCCACAGUCACCACACCCGGCUACACCUCUCGUCCGGUUACCACCGCCGCCGCCGCCGCCGCCACGGCAACCCCACCACAGCCGCGCCCCCUCCACACGAUCGGCACCACAGAGACACGCCCUGUGGACACGACGGCCGCCGUCGCCGCGACGACCACGCCGGCGCGGCUCGGCACACACGCAUCUUCGGCCGAGUCUGUCACCACGGCGAUGUCCAGGAGCCCUGAGACCUCUACCGCGGUCGGAGAGGUGUCGACCACCGCCCGUCCGUCCGUCCUACCGACCACGCCCUGUACGCCACCGUACUCGUACCGCUUGGACGAGUGUGCCGAGCUGAUCUGCUUCAACGGGGAGUUGCUCCUCCACAACGCCUCCCUCCACUGCCGCUACAACACCAGCCAGCCCCACUGCAGCCUGCUGGGCCUGCCGCUGCUCAGCAACACAGACCCCUGCUGCCCCCAGUGGCAGUGCCCCUGCCGCUGCUCCGUCAUGUCCGACCUGCGCGUCAUCACCUUCGACGGGAACAACGUGGCUCUGUACGACAACGGCUCCUACAUCCUGGUCCAGCUGCCCAGAGAGACCAUCAUCGGCACCGUGGAGAAGUGUCCCACCAGCCAGAGCGUUAACUCCAUCCGACGGCCGGGUCCCAGUGGCCCGUCAGGCCUGUGCUUCAUGAAGCUGAACAUCACCACCUCCACCUACCGCAUCCUCAUCAACCGGCUGGACCGCAAGGUGUUGGUGAACUACCGGCCGGCCAAGCUGCCGUUCUCCCGCCAGUCUCUGCACAUGGACGACACGGGCAGCAUGUACCUGCUGCAGACCCCCGGGGGGGUCGGCAUCCAGUGGUACCACAGCACCGGCAUCAUGGUGCUGCAGUACACCGCCCCCCGCAACGAGACGGGACACACCCGCGGCCUGUGUGGCUGCUGUGACGGGAACCCGGCGGACGACCUGAAGCUGCCCAACGGCACGGUGGUGCGUGAGCUGACGGACAUGAGGCUGUUCCUGCAGGCCUGGAAGGUGCAGACGUCGGACGAGACGGAGCACAUGCGGCGGGUGGGGGACAACUGCACCACGGGGGACUGCUCCAUGUGCCUCUCCAUGCUGCGGCAGAGAGCCUUCACACCCUGCCACAGCAAGGUGUCCCCAGAGCAGUUCUGUGACAUCAUGUGGGCGGGGGACCUCCACUAUAAAGACCACCAGUGCGACUUCAUGGCAGCAUACGUGGCAGUCUGCUACACACACAGCGUCUGCAUCAGCUGGAGGAGACACAACUUCUGCCCGUUGCGGUGCCCCCCCGGUAAGGAGUACCAGUCCUGUGUGAGCACGUGCACGACGCGCACCUGCCUGAACCGCGAGUACUACGAGGAGACCACCUGCUCACACGUCCGCGAGGAGUGUGUGUGCCGCGCUGGGACCAUCCUGCACCGCGCAGACUCCUCCUACUGCGUGACAGAGGACCGCUGCGUGUGCACGGACAACGAGGGCCGGCCCCGGGCCCCUGGCGAGGUGUGGAACGGCUCCCUGCGCGGCUGCUGCCUCAACCAGUGCCUGGCCAACGGCUCGGUGGUGGCCGUGGAGCCCGACUGCAGCUCCAGCCCCGCCCCUCUGUGCGAGAGGGAGGGGGAGUACGUGCUGGACGUCCUGGAGGAGGGGGUCUGCUGCCCCAAGAAGAUCUGUGAGUGCAAUAUGACCAUCUGUGGGAGUGAGGCCCCGCCCUGCGACAAUGGUAACCGCCUUGUGAUUGGCUACAGCGCUCUGUCCUGCUGCCCGGACUACAGAUGUGAGUGCGACCCUCUAGCCUGUCCCCUGGUGUCUGCCCCGGACUGCAGGGAGGAUCAGUUCCUCGUGGAAGUGAGGGAUGAGAGCCCAUGCUGCUACUCAUACCUGUGUGUGUGUGAGUCCUGCAUUGAGCCCCUCCCAAACUGCUCCCGUGGAGAAAUGUUGGCUGUUGUAUUAAACACGACAAGCAGAUGCUGUCCGCAAUACCACUGUGUGUGCGACGUGAACCUCUGCCCUGGACCACCAGAGAGUUGUGAUCCUGGUCUCUCAUUGGUCCAGACGGCGGUCCCGGGUCAAUGCUGCCCCCAGCAGCGCUGUGAGUGCCAAUGUGACAGCUCUACCCCCGUUUGCCAAGUGGGGGAGCUCCUGGUGGAGGUGCCUGACGCCAGCACGCACUGCGGCUGCCCUCUGCAUGCAUGUCAAAAGGGAGAGGUGUGUGUUUUCCAGGGUGUGACAGUGCUGGGCCCGGGCCAGUCUCUGGUCCAGUACUUUGAGGCAGACCUGUGCUACACCGUCCACUGCCUGCACAAUAAGGACCGAGACACGGGCUUCCACUCCAUGGAGAUUGCCUCAGUCAACUGCUCCCAGAGAUGUGGUCCACACCAGGUGUAUGUGGCCUCCUCCGACCCCCAGGUUUGCUGUGGUUCCUGUAGGAACGUCUCCUGUAGCCACAGCAGCGACAACGGAACCACAGAGCUGUUCACUGCGGGGAGUUCCUGGGUGGAGAACUGCACGCGCUAUGACUGUAUGGAGACAUCUGUGGGCGCAGUGGUCCUCGCUUCUGGAGUGGUCUGCCCGCCCUUCAACGACACAGACUGUGUUCAAGGUGGCGGGGUGGUGCAGAGCUACGUGGACGGCUGCUGCAAAACAUGCAAAGAGGACGGAAAGACCUGCAAGCGUGUGGCCAUUCGCACCACCAUCCGAAAAGAUGACUGCAGGAGCAAUGCCCCGGUGAGACCCAGAUUUACACAGUUCAGGGGUGGGGUUGAAACCAUCGCAACCGUCUCUCCUGACCUCACCCAUUCAUUGGUCAAAAUGACUACACCAGAGGACCCUCCGCAGAACAUGUCCAUAACUCAGAUAACCUCUACAACCAUCUCCAUGACCUGGGAGCCUCCCACCAUCAUCACAGGACGAUUUUCCUACGUGGUGUACCUCUCUGGACCCGCAGGGAACGUGAUGUACGAGAACACGACGGUGGACGAGCACCUGGUCCUCGUGGGUCUGAAGCCGUACACCCGCCACACCGUGGCCGUCCGGGCCAAGUCCGCCCGCGAGGUCGGCCCUGAGGCCGCCUUGGAGGUCAUGACCUCCGCUGAAGCACCAAGUGCGGUGCGGGAUCUGAGGGCGGAGGCAGUGGACUCCAUCUCCAUCCGCCUGAGCUGGAGCGUCCCGGCCCCGCCCAACGGAGUGAUCACCCAGUACCGGCUCCAGGUGCUGGCUGAGGACACGCUGCUGAGGAGCGUCAUCUUCACCAGGGAGCCGAAUGAGAAUGACACGGAUACGGAUUGGGUCAGCACCUUGCCUCCAGACCCCCGCGGCCUCUCAGGGCGGCGAAGGCGGUCGCUGGACCCGACCGUGACCCCCUCCCCGCCGGCGUUCACCCCCACCAUCUCUGACCGCCGGCCCCCCUCCAGUACGGCUUCCCCCGGGCGGCCUGUCUCCGACGGCGACGCUCUCACACCGCCCCCCCUUGCCGGAGGCGGCAGCCCCCUUACCGUGCCCCCCAUGGCCCAAGAGACCCGCCCCGCCCCUGACAGCAGCCCCAGCAGCGGCCGCCCCGACUGGGCCUCGACGUCCGCCUCGGUGGCCAUCAACGCGGCGUCCGUCGCUAACCUCGCAACCGCGCCACCUUCGGCCGCGUCUCCGCCUUGGCUGACCCAGCAAUCGCAAGCCCCGGGCGCCACCUCUGACUCCCCCCCCAUGACGGCGACCUCGGGCCCGCCCCGCACCCGCCGCGCUGACGUCACCGGCCAGACGUCCGUCUCCGCUUCUGCAGCCGGCCUAGUGAACCUGACGAUGACGCUACCGGAUCUGUCCACGGAGAUGUCCUACGUGGUGACAGACCUCAGGCCCUUCACCGCGUACGCCUUCAGGGUCAGCGCCUCCACCGUGGCGGGGGAGGGGCCCACGGCCCAAGUGGAGGAGAAGACCAGCGAACAGGUGCCCAGCUCCGUGCUUGACGUGUCCUAUGAGAUCGUGAACUCCACCUCCGUGCUGGUCGGCUGGAGCCCGCCGUCGCGGCCCAACGGGCGGAUCCAGGGCUACACCGUCUACGGCCUCAACCUCAACACCAACGAGACCCUGGAGCUGCACACCAACAGCACCGGUGUCCUGCUGACGGAUUUGGACAAAUACACGCCUUAUGUGCUGCGCAUCGCUGCCUCCACGAUGGUCGGAGAGAGCGCCCUGUCUGAGGAGGAUGACAUCUUCGUGGUCACCGAGGAAGACGAGCCCGACUCCCCCCCUGAGGACGUGGAGGUGGCGGAGACGAACCCCACCACGGUCACCCUGACCUGGUCCCCGCCCGCCAAGGCCAACGGGCUGAUCCGACGCUACGAGGUGCUGUACUGGAACCAGACCUUCUCCUCGGCGGUCAACACGUCGGACCCGGGCGCCACGCUCACCCACCUGAAGCCCUUCUCCCGCUACCACGUCUCCGUCAGAUCCUACACGCGCCUGGGCCACGGCAACCACACCUCGGACACCCUGCAGCUGCUGUCCGGAGAGGACGUGCCGGGCAGUGCGGUGUACAACCUGACCUACGCGUCGCUCAGCCCCAGUGAGGUGAACCUCACCUGGCAGCCCCCGCUGGCGCCCAAUGGCCUCAUCCUGCACUACAGCCUGGCUCUGUGGAACGCCACCCACUCGCUCGACCUCACCUCCAACGCCAGCUCCCUGCACAUCGGCCACCUGCGCAAGUACGCCCGCUACAGCGUGACGGUGCAGGCGCACACGCGCGCCGGCCCGGGCAACUACACCAGCGAGCCACUCAACAUCACCACCCUGGAGGACGCGCCAGACACGCCCCCUCAGUUCCUCCAUUCGAAGAAGGUGUCUGACUACCAGGUAGAGCUGUCCUGGGACCCCCCGCUGGAGGCCAAUUCAGACGUCCUGUACUACGUACUCAGGGUCUGGAAUGAGACAAGCGAGACAUGGUCGAACGUGACGGGCACCUCGGUGGUGAUCACAGUGGACUCUGAGAGCCAGUACAACGCCUCCGUCUCCAGCUGGACCCGCCUUGGGGACGGAGGGGUGGUGGUGUCCAUCAGCUUCACUACACUGGACUCUGAGCCAUUUGACCCCCCACAGAACGUGACGGUUGGUAACGCGACCACCUCCUCUGUCUCCUUCACCUGGAUGCCCCCCAACGAGCCCAACGGCAUCAUUGUGCACUACACCAUCCACUACUCUGAGAACGGCAGCUUGGCCCAGCAGACUAUACCAGUGUCUGCGUUGCCCCCCACUGGCUCCCCCUACUCCUACACUCUGAAGGGACUGGUGGGAGGAGCCAACUACACCCUGUGGAUGACCUCCAGCACCUGGCAGGGUGACGGAGGAGUCAGCAGCCCGCCCCUCACCGUGGGCCUACCAGAGGACGUGCCCAAUGGCCCCGUCCACAACCUGACGGCGCAGAACUUCAGCUCCCCGGGCUUCAUCGUCAGCUGGGACCCCCCCGUGGAGCCCAAUGGCCGUCCCUUCUACCUGGUCACCCUGCAGGAGGCCCCCUCCACCGGCACCCCGCUGCCAAACAAGACCAACAGCGCGACCACCAGCGAGCGGGGCCGCCUGUACACUAAUCUCAAGAAGUACACAGCGUACGUGUUCACUGUGACCCCGGCGACCAACGCCGGGCCCGCCUACAACCACACCAGAACCAUCCACCUGAUGACCGAAGACGACGUCCCCAGCUCUCCCCCGAUCCUAGUGUCCGCCAAGAACCUGUCGUCGUCCUCCAUCUCUGUGGUCUGGCAGCGCCCCCUAGAGGCCAACGGGGAGAUCACGGAGUACAGACUCACGCUGCUGGGCCCGCGGGCCUCCAACACCACCACCGCAAACACCUCGCUCACCCUGGCCGACCUGGUUCCCUACACGGUUUACAACCUCAGCAUCGUGGCCCUGACCCGCAAGGGCCCCGGGCCCGCGCUGUGGCUGCUGCUCCACACGGAUGAAGCAGGCCCCAUGUCUCCUCCACGUCACCUGACCAUAUUCAACCACACCUCGUCGUCUGUGUGGCUGAGCUGGGACCCCCCCCUCGAGCCCAACGGGGUGGUCACACACUACGGCUUCAGGAUCCGAGAUGACAACACACACACUGACUCUUACCAGAACUCGUCCGAUGCGGUCACCUCAGCCCAUCUGUCAGGCUUCAGACCCGAUGGCUCGUACAACAUCAGCGUGUUCAGUUACACCCGAGUGGGGCACGGGGACCAGUACAGCAACCCCGUCAGCUUCACCACCAACGAGUCAGUGUCUGACACGGUGGGCAACCUGUCUUGCUGGGGGAUGAGCUGGGACUCCGUUCAUCUGUCCUGGGACCCACCGGCAAACCCCAAUGGACAGAUCCUCUCCUAUCAGGUCCGGGUGGAUUCGAUGGCGCGACCCUUGGAAUCCAGCUCGUCAGAGCUCACGGUCAGCGGCCUGGUGCCCGACCAGACCUACAUGCUGUCUGUGAGCGCUGUCAACUCUGCAGGGCUGGGGGACCCAAUGAACUGCACCGCCGAGACGCACCCAGAGUCAGUUCCAGGCGCUCCUGGCUUCCUGAACGUGUCUCUGGUCACGGCCACCAGCGUAACUCUGGAGUGGGCCCCGCCCGAGGCCGUCCCGGGUGUGCUGAGGGAGUACCGCAUCACUGUCCAGCUGCUGUCCCCUGGCUGCCAUGAGCCCCAGCUCUCUCCCCCCACCACCAGCGUCAACACCACCACCGCCACCGCCCCCACCAGGGCAGCAGGGGAGCUGGCUGCCGGCUGUGCUCUGGACUCAGAGACGGUGGUGUCGGUCAACGGCUCGGAGGGCGCCGGGGGCAACCACAACUUCACACUCGGAUCGCUGGCCAAGCACAGGGCCUACCGCUUCCAAAUGGCGGCCAUGACCAAUGCCGGGGUGGGGGAUCAGACAGCCUGGAUACACGCACACACCCUCGCCGGAAACCCGGAUGCACCUCCUGGUAACCUCAUCGUGGACUCCACAUCCCACAGCAUCCAGAUCAGAUGGGAGGCUCCCAGAAUACUCUCUGGACCUACCUCCUAUCUAGUUCUGGUGGUUCCUUUGGAGGCUGCCGCCCGCAACGUGUCGGUGGUGCGUGCGCCCGGUGAGCUGCAGAGAGUGGUGGUCACCAACCUGACGGCCUUCACCCUCUACUCCGUCACCGUCACCGCCUUCACCGGACACCUGGAGCGUGCCGCCAGUGACGGCAAGACCAGUGAGCCAGCACUGGUCAGGACCCAGGAAGAAGAGCCCAAAGACCCGCCCAAACACCUCACCCCGGCCGAAGGGGUGACCCGAGUGUACUUGACCUUCACCCCUCCGCGAGAACCCAACGGGAACAUCAGUGCCUACCAGGUGGAGGUAUCAAGAAAAGGCCACCCGCAGAGUCCGCUGGUGAUGAACAUCAGCGGCCUCAACGUCAUCCGGAACCCCAAUUUCACGGUGACGGUCGUCAUCGAUGGACUGAAGGGAGGAUAUAACUACAGCAUACGGAUUGCAGCAGUAAAUGGAGCAGGGAAAAGCCCCUUCAGCCAAGAGGUCAACAUAACAACAGGAAUGACUGCCCCAGCCAAGCCAACCCAGAAACCCCAGGUGGUGAUUAUCCGAGGAGAGGUCGCCGUGGUUACCCCCAGGACCAUUACCAUCCACAAGCCUGCUUGUUUUUACAGCGACGACAACGGGCCAAUCCGACACAUCCAGGUCAUCGUGGCUGAGUCCGGGGUGAAGUUAGGCGAAAAUCCGACCAAUUGGAAGACUGCAUUUUUCGAACAACCUGCCCCCUACCUGACAGACGCGGGGUUCCCCACCCCUUCCUGUGAGCGGGAGAGGGGCGUGCACCGCGGCACACAGCCCCACGACGGGAACGGUCUGGGCGUCGCUCUCCACGGCGGCCUGCUGGGGAGGGGCGUCGACUUUGGGGAUGACACAUACGUCAUUGGAGAAGAUGACAGUUGUGGAGAGGAAGAGGAAACUCUAUGCAACGGACGUCUAAAACCAAAUACUGGUUAUGUGUUUAAAUUUCGGGCUACUAAUAUUAAAGGCCAAUACACAGACUCUGAGUAUUCGGACGAUGUCAAAACUACAGUGGAUGGGAUGUUAACCCGAGACGAGCAGAUCAUUCUGGGAGUCCUGCUGUCCGUCUUCCUGGCCGUGUUCCUUAUCACCAUCAUCUGUGCCUCGGUCAGAAUCCACCAGCGCAAAAAUGAGGGCGCCACCUAUUCCCCGAGGCAGGCGGAGAUCAUCGAGACCAAGUGCAAACUGGACCAGCUGAUCGCUGUGGCCGACAUGGAGCUGAAGGAGGAUAAAGUGAACCGGUAUUCAUCGUUCUUCUUCAGACGGAAAGAGAUAUAUGUCAUCCAACUUCUCAGCUACAGAAAGUCACUCAAGCCUGUCAACAAGAAGUCGUUUUUGCAGCAUGUGGCCGAUCUCUGUGCCAAUGACAACACUAAGUUCCAAGAAGAGUUUGCUGAGCUACCCAAGCUGCUGCAGGAUCUAGGCACCUCAGACGCAGACCUACCAUGGAACAGAUCCAAGAACCGCUUCACCAACAUCAAACCGUAUAACAACAACAGAGUGAAGCUGUUGUCCGAGCCAGGAAUACCCGGCUCUGAUUACAUCAAUGCUAGCUUUAUCUCAGGCUAUCUGUGUCCCAAUGAGUUCAUUGCCACCCAGGGACCGCUACCGGGCACUGUGGCAGACUUCUGGAGGAUGGUCUGGGAGACUGGAACCCGCACCAUCGCCAUGCUCACACAGUGUUACGAGAAAGGCAGGAUCCGGUGUCAUCAAUACUGGCCAGAGGACAACAAGCCGCUGACGGUAUUUGGGGAUAUAAUCAUUACCAAACUGGCGGAGACUGUCUCCUCGGACUGGACUGUGAGGGCCAUCAAAGUUGAAAGACACGGGGACUACAUGGUGGUCCACCACUUCAACUUCACCACCUGGCCUGAGCACGGGGUGCCCGAGUCCAGCAGCACGCUCAUCCAGUUUGUCAAAGCUGUCCGGGCCAACAGACACGAAAACACCACCAUAGUGGUGCACUGCAGUGCCGGUGUAGGCCGGACCGGAGUGUUUAUUGCCCUUGACCACCUCAUUCAGCAUAUCAGUGACCACGAUUUUGUGGACGUUUACGGUCUGGUGGCUGAACUGCGCAGCGAGAGGAUGUGUAUGGUGCAAAACCUGGCCCAGUACAUGUUCCUGCACCAAAGCACAUUAUCUCUGCUUGACAGUAAAGGCAACAGCCAGUCGAUCUGGUUUGUAAACUACUCCGCUCUGGAGAAAAUGGAUUCUCUGGAGGCCAUGGAAGGUGACGUAGAGCUGGAAUGGGAAGAGACGACCAUGUGAUAUUUUUAUUUAUUAUCGUUAAGAUCCUCUGUUUCUAGGUAACAUUAACAUUGAGAGUGAUACUUGGAGUAAGGGCAGCACUCUAGUGGGGAGCUGUGGAUCAGGGAUGAUUUGAAACAAACAACGGCUGAUUUCAGCCAGCUGGCGCCCCUCGGCUCAUCUCUGUAGCAUCAACGUGUCUUAAGAUUAUGUUUUAUACGGAAUUCGCAAAAAAGAGAAAAAGUGGAUAAAAAUGGUAAACAAUGUUACGAAUGUCAAGAUAUGGCUUGCUUCUAGAAAGAGCAGCAGCACAUACAGUGUGUAAGCACACAAGUACUCUGCACAAGUAUUUUCAAUGUGUAUCGUUUGUCACAGUGAUAUCGUUAUUUAAACAAUCUUUGUAUUUUCUAAGAUAAUUUAUUCAGCCAAAAGUGUUUGUUUGUUCUGCAUUUAAAUGUUUUCCUCUGGUAAUUGAUGGCUUCUCUUUGGUGUACUUUUUCCUAAAGAGUGCCGUGAUUAAGUAAAAUAAAGCAAUAUUUUGUUUGUUCCACAAUUGUGUGUACUGUGCACUGUUCUUGGGAUUGGGAAAUGCGUUUAUCCAAUAAACAGCUUG